AUGGCCGGCGGGGAAAAAGGACAAAGCGCGCCGACCUGGAAGAUGCCGCCGCCGCCGCUGCCGCUUGGUGCCAAGAUCUGGAGGCUGGCCGCCCGUCGCCAUUGGGAGCCUGGAGGCCUGCUGCCUGGUGCCCUCUGUUCGGCGGACCUCGCUCCUGGGGAAGACGCCACCGUGAGCCGAUGGUGGGGAGCGAGCAGGCAACAUCGGGAGUGGAAGAUGGCUGGCGGGAUGGUGAGCUCGAGCUCGCCGGCUCCCCUCCCCUCUUCCUCACCUCCGUCUUCCUCAUCGGCCGCCACCUACCGCGACCCCCUCCUCGGCAACCGCCUCCCACCUGCCUGUCGACGGGAUGGUAAGCUCGAGCUCCGCCUCUGCUCCUGCGGCGCGGGGGCCUCGGCCGAGUUGGAGCCGCACAUGGGCAGGAACUCGGCGCCACUCCCCGCCGACGACGAGGCUGGCGCCCUCCGCUUGGCUCCGCCGCCCCAUCGGCUUCGGGUGCAACCACUUCGCCCUCGCGUCCACCGCCGCUGCCCACUCUGCCCCGUCGGCUUCACACCGUCGUUCGCCCGCCGCCACCCCCCACUCGACCCCGCUGCUCUACCACCCACGCGAAGAUAG